AACAGUGCAAAAUAUUAGUCUAAAAAGCAUGCUGCCUAAAAUUGCGUUAAGGUUACCUUUCCAAACAGUGAGUUAAAUUGGGUUACUUACCAUAUGUAACCAUCACGUCCAUUGUGGGCUUUAAUUCUCAUCUUUUUUCCACAGUGGCGACAAGGUGGUGCUUUGCAAAGCAAGCCUUUCUUCUGUAGCCAUUUGAUCAUUAAUUUCUUAUGUUUUCCACCGCUGCAAAGACGUAUUAACUCAUUUAAUUGCCUUGAAUACAUAGUAAUCUAGAUACUGCUAAUGUAAAACAGAAUGAUGCUUGUUGUCCUAUUUGAAAUUUUGGCGCCUUGUUGGUAACUGGCUGCCUACAACGAAACGUGACAGUUGUCCCAUGACGUUACGUAAGCUUUGAUUGGCCUGCUGCCUGAACCGCCAACUUCAUCCCUAUCAGGACUCAGGAGGAUAUUUUUUUUUUUGACAGGAAACAGUUACCAUUAGCUUGCUUCUCCGUUCAUUUAUAUAUAAUAUAUAAAAAAAAAUUCUAUACUUUAAAGCAAAAUUUUCUUCAGUAUGCCACGAAAAAAAGGAUUUUCUUUGAAGAGGAACUGCCCCCAACGCAGCGAACCUGACGCCAUGGACCUCUUGAACGAAGACCAAGCUGAUGUGGCCCAGCAUAUAGAUGAAGAACACCAUGGAAAAGAUGGCGACAAUGACCUUUCUGUUGUUGCAGUGGCAACUCCAGAACCAGGACAAGAUAAUGAGACUUCCUCCUUGGCAGAAAAAGACAAGCUGAUGUUCAUGGCCCAGUCAAUAAAGGCACUUGAAGAAGAACGAGAUUUUCUCUGUCAGAUGGUCCUAAAACUCUCAAACAGAGGUGCAAAAAAGCAAGUAAAGAAAAUCUUGGACACGAGCACUGAAUGCAGCACCAGUGACACUGAUGAGGAGUCCCUGAUUUCUUCCUCCUCUUCAGAGUCACCUGAUAGUGACAUUCCUCGGAAGAAGAAAAGAGGACAUAAAAAGAAGACAAAGAGUGCUAGCAGGUCAAAAUCUGCCAAACACAGCUCACGUGCAACAACCCCAGACGAUGUACUGAAGCGGUACCAUAAAGUUUUUCGUGCCUUCAACAAAGAAGGGAGCAUCAGUAAGGCAUGCACCAAAGUUGGGGUUGACCGAAAUACACUCGCAUUAACAGCUGUUGUGGCUGAAAUACAGCUUGUUGAUCCAGAGUUUUACCGAAACAUCCCGAAGUUCAGAGCUAAGGAGGAGAAACUCUUCGACUUUGCAAAGCGGUGCCUUCAGUCACUGACAACAGACAUCAGAUCUGCCAUAGAAAAUGCCAAAAAAGAGCGUAAACUACUACCAAUAACAUAUAAGUUGAGAUAGAGAGACACAAAACCUCCAAGCUGCUUAUUUCAUUAUGUUUAGAUGUUGGUUUAAGGUAAAUGUUGUAAUUCAUGUCAGUUUACUUUGGAUGUAAUUCACAUUGAGUUCCCAGUUUUGGUUGAUGAUAUACAAUUUAGUUGUACAAGCCUUUUUUUUCUUUUUCUUAUUUGAUAAUGUAUAAUGUAUUUCAUUUCCAACAAUGUCAGUAUGUUAAAAGCAUAUUUAGAUUCACAAUAGCAGAGUUUUUCUAUUUCUCUUUUUUGUUUUUUAUUUUUUAUUUUUAUUUUAGGCAGUCUAAAGGCCCCUAUGCUGUUUUAAUGGUAACCCAGCUGCAGGUAUACUUUCUUCUGUACUUCUAUACUGCAGGUAUACUUCUAAAGUUUUACUUUAGAAUCUGUUACACUGUUGAGUGUAAUAUGUUAAUAAACAUUGUUUAGCUGUAUUGCAUUCUUUUCUCAUUUUUUGCAGUCCUCUAUACUUUACAUA